UUGUCCUCUACAGCUUCUAAUCCAUUGAUGAGUUCUCAAAAUCGAGAGUCGGGUAGCACCCAGGGCCGACCAAAUGUAGCUGCCGAGGCUCAAGAUUCGGUUCAACGCCCACAUCCACGCCCUUCAGAUGAUAUUGGAUGGGAUUGGGCAAUUUAUCCAGAAUGGCCAAAGAAGAAUAAGAUCAAGUGCACUCUGUGUGGACAUGAAACCACCGGUGGCAUUUGCCGCCAAAAAGAGCACUUAGCUGGUAGCCGAGGGAAUACAAAACCAUGCAAGAAAGUGACACCUGACAUUAUUGCGAGGGUAAAAGCAGCAAUGGCUGAAACUAAGGGUAAGAAGUCAGACAAGAUAAGAUUUGAGAUUGAGCGUAGGCAGGAUGUCGACAUUUCUAAUUCUAGAAUUGAGAAUGCGGAAGAGAUCACUAAGAUUGGAAACAAGAGGCCCCAUGAAUUUGGAGCUAUCCAUCGAUAUGCUACAUUCUUACCAGAGGAGCCUACAUCAUCUUCAACUAUGAAGCAAACAACAGUUGAUGCAGCUGAGCGCAAAAGAAGAAAGGAGUUGGUCCACGAAUGGGUCUCUCUUUGGACCUAUGAAUCAGGAAUUCCAUUUCAUGCAUUGAUGCUUCCUUCUUUCAACAAUAUGUGUGAAGCUAUUGGUCAGUUUGGUCCAGGUUAUGUGGGACCAACGAUGUAUCAGUUGAGGGAGCCUUUGUUGAAGAAGGCAGUAUCACGUACUUCAGUUGGUUUGGAGCCACAUAAGAAGCUUUGGGAGACUACCGGUUGCACAUUGAUGACAGAUUCGUGGACUGAUCGAAAACACAGAUGUGUUAUGAACAUGUGCAUUCAUUCUAGUGCCGGAGUUAUUUUCUACAACUCGAUAGAGGAGUCUGCUGAAUCUCAUACCGGAGAUUUUAUUUAUAAGUGGGUUGAUCAGUGCAUCCAGGAGAUAGGGGCAGACUAUGUUGUACAAGUUGUCACUGAUAAUCACUCGGCGAAUAUGGCUGCAAAGGAAGCUAAAAAUUAAGAGACCGAGAAUCUUUUGGACUUCUUGUGUGGCGCACACAACCAAUCUCAUGUUGCAGGAUAUUGGAAAAUUGACAAAAUUUAAGAAUAUAAUUGAGAAGGCUCGGGCUUUGACUGUUUUUAUCUAUGGCCACACCAGGACUUUGGCACUUAUGCGUAAGUGCACGAGGAGGAAGGAUAUUGUCAGGCCGGGCACCACUAGAUUUGCCACCUCAUUCCUCACAUUAGGGAGUCUAUUGGAGAAGAAGGAUGCAUUGAUGGCUAUGUUUAACUCGGAUGAGUUUACGAGUUUGAAAUUUGUUGGGGCUGCAAAGAAGAAAGCUCUUACAGCAAAUGCUACGGUGAUAUCGAGAACCUUCUGGAGAGGUGUGAGGAGUUGCUUGAAGGUCUUCACGCCUCUUUUCAAAUUUCUACGCAUGGUUGAUUCAGGUACUUGUCCCUCAAUGGGAUUUAUUAUUGGAGAGCUUAAUCAAGUGAAGAGGGAAAUCAUGACUGCUUUGAAGACAGAGAAGGACUAUAUGCCUAUCAUAUCCAUUAUAGAAAGACAUGCUAAGAAUAGGCUUGAUAGUUCUCUUCACCUAGCUGCAUGGUUCCUAAAUCCUCUUUUCUAUUAUGCGGAGGAUGAGGUGGCUAAGAAGAGUGCAGAAGCUAAGCAAGCAGUUCUUGAUUGUGCUGAGCUAUUUUUUAGAAAUGAAGAUACUAUUGAUGAGGCUGUUGUUGAUGCUAUCUACUCUACUGAGUUGUUGAAGUAUAGGGAUUGUGAUGCUUUCAUCCAUGGAAAGCCAAGAGCACAGAGAGUAGUCAAGAGAAUUGCUGAGGACCGUAAUCCAGCUCAUUGGUGGGACACAUUUGGUGGAGACAUGCCUUACAUGCAAAUGAUGGCUCUUCGGAUAUUGAGAUUGACAGGUAGCUCCUCUGGAUGUGAAAGAAAUUGGAGUUGUUUUGAAGGGAUCCACACAAAGAAAAGAAAUAGGCUCGAUAGCAAGAGAUUGAGCGAUCUAGUCUAUGUGCAAUUCAAUUUGAGGAUCAGAACUAAGAUGGAUACAACAAGAAAGGAUGGAAAGAAGAGGGACAUCCUACUUGCUAAAGACGGUCGGCACGCUUCUGCAUGGGUGGUGGAUGGAUAUAACUCCGAGGAGGAAGAGGAUUAUUAUCCAGGGACCGAUAUUCCACUAGGAGUUAUCUCCGAAGCAGCUGGAACAGAUGAGUUCUUGCAGCCGAGGAGGACCACAAGGAGGGCGAAUAUGGCUUCUAGUUCAAGGGCCAACGAAGAGGUAGAUUCGGAGGACGAAGAGGAGGGAAGAAAUGAUGAAUCAGACUCAGAUGAGGAGGAUAUCCAACUUGAUGAUGAUGAUAGCGACGAGGAUGCUUUGAGAGAUGAGAUUUUGCUACUUGGCACUGCUGCUGAUGAUGAUGAUGAUGAGUGAUGAUGAGUCAUUGCUCAAAUUCAGACUUUAGUCACUUCACUUUUGAGACUUCUAGCUUUUAUUUAGCUUUGAUUUAGACUUUUGAGUGUUAAGUUUGGAGUUUGGACAUUUCAUGUGUUUGGAGUUUGAUCUUUAUUGCUUGCCUAGUAUCCAUAGACUGUUAUUAUCUA